CAACCCUUCCCGACAACUGGUCGUUCAGUACGAUCGUCACUAGUUACCACUCCCAGAAAGUCAGAAACCCCUCUUAUUUCAACAAUUGAUCUUCCUAUAAUGUGAUUUUAACGUGAACUCUAACCCUAAAUUAAGAAUUAAAAGCAAUUAUAUUUAUUUAUGAAUUGUUUCGCUAUAGUCACAUGUUCCGUUCAAUUGAACGUUCCAAACGUAAAAACGUACUGAACGCAGCCCAGGCAGCGGUGUGUUCAGAGCUGAUGGCGGUGGUGGCGGGUAGCGGACCGCAGAACUGGCCGGUGGAGAGGAGGGGAUAACGUAGCUUUUUUUAGUCCACAAGUUGUGAGAUCGAAAAUUAACUUCGACAAGGCUUGACCAGAUUACAUUCACUAAAUUAUUUGAAACUCCCCGGCUUUGAUUUCUUUAUCAAGCGGGUAGCUACGUUAGUGUAGGCCUCAAGCCUCGGAUAAAGUUGUCGUCUGAUCCUGGGAUUGGGAAUCCAAGAAAGAUCUCUCACGCCAGUCCCAUCUCGGACAAUUGGGAAUCCCUGUUCGGAAACUAUUUGGGAUCCAUGCUUGGAAGAACUAGCUAGUGGCAUAUGAGUGGAGUUGUUUUUUUUCUUUAAAUGAUUGUUUAAACGGCAGCUCCGGAGGCGUUGCUGCAUAUUGGCAAAGUUAUUAAAGGGACGAGCUAACUAGUUAAUCUAUCCUACAGACAAUGUUCCAUUGCUGCUAGUUGAUUUCGCAAAGGAAUGAUGAAUGGGCAACCGCUUGUAAUGCUCGGAUUUAAACAGCUGCUUGAUGAUGACCUCAGUGUUACAAACAAUUAGUUUCGUUAGUUAGCAACCCUGUAAAUAAAAGAGCAUAGAGCACUCGAACAAAAGUCGAUUUUUAUUUUGCUGUGCAGCCAGCAAUCUGAUUCAUGGUGCGGACGGAGCACACACUCCGAUGGCCAGGGUUGCAAUUUAUUGACAUUACUGGAACUUUGCACUACUUAAUUAGUGUUGAGGUUAUCCCUGGUUUGGAAUGGGGAAUACGGUUUCAUGCUGCGUGUCGCCCGAGGAGAGCCCAAAGCUACCAAGGCAACCGGUGGACCGCCACGAAGACUACCAAAUAAUUACGGACGUGAGUGACGACACCGGCCCGUACCUGCAGCACAUCAGCGACAGAGAAGUCCCUGACGAACUGGCCCAGGAGUCCAACCCAUCAGACCAUGCCCGAGCCAGCACCAUCUUCCUCUGCAAGUCCCAGACAGACAGCGAAUUGCGAGACAAGAGGAAAAGCAAUCACAUAAACCAUGUUAGUCAUACCUCUCCUGGCCCUCUCUCUAAGAAGUACAGUUCCUGUUCCACCAUCUUUAUAGAUGACAGCACGGUCAGCCAGCCUAACUUGAAAAGCACAAUUAAAUGUGUUACAUUAGCAAUCUACUAUCACAUUAAAAACAGGGACUCAGACAGGUCACUGGACAUUUUUGAUGAGAAGAUGCACCCCUUAUCGAGAGAGCAGGUCCCUGACAACUACUCUGUUAUGGACCCUGAGCACAAACUCAUCUACCGCUUUGUCAGAACUCUGUUCAGCGCUGCACAGCUCACUGCAGAGUGUGCCAUCGUCACCUUGGUGUACCUUGAGCGUUUGCUGACCUACGCUGAGAUAGACAUCUGUCCCUGCAACUGGAAGCGUAUCGUACUGGGAGCCAUCCUGCUGGCGUCCAAGGUGUGGGACGACCAGGCCGUGUGGAACGUCGACUACUGCCAGAUCCUCAAAGACAUCACUGUGGAGGACAUGAACGAGAUGGAGCGUCACUUCCUGGAACUUCUGCAGUUCAACAUCAACGUCCCGGCUAGUGUUUAUGCUAAGUACUACUUUGACCUGCGAUCUCUGGCCGAGGACAACAACCUCCUCUUUCCCCUCGAGCCACUCAGCAACGAGAGGGCACAGAAACUGGAGGCCAUCUCCAGACUGUGUGAAGACAAGUACAAGGACCUGAGCCGAGCGGCCAUGAGGAGGUCCUUCAGCGCUGACAACCUGGUGGGCAUCCGCCGCUCCAACGCUGUGCUCUCAUAGGCCAGCCACACUUCAGCGUUGUGCUCUCAUUAGUCAGCGACAAAUCUGUCACUCCAACACUGCUCUCUCAUAGGACAGCCACACUCCAACAUUGUGCUCUCACUGGACAGACACAAUGGUGGAGUUAAUUUCGCAUGGCCCUGUGCCCCGGGUGGGGGAAGUUUGCUCAUUUUAGACUUCCAUUGGUCCUUAAGUGAAAAGUCCACCCGCCUGGAGCACUGAGCCAUGCAAAAUUAACUCCACCAAUAUCUGACCUCUACAGCCCAACCAACACCCCAGGAUACCCGCCACACACCCAGCCCCUCAGAGACUGGUCGAGGUAGCACCAUAGGCCCCGCCUGUCCCGUCCCAGACCCUAAGAGACUGGUCGAGGCAGCACCAUAGGCCCCGCCUCAGACCCUAAGAGACUGGUCGAGGCAGCACCAUAGGCCCCGCCUGUCCCGUCCCAGACCCUAAGCGCAAAAUAACUUCUUCACUACAUAGAAAGAAGGGGAAAAAUACUUUUUUUUGGUGCUUACUAUGUAGGCUACUAGCUGUGAAAUGUACCUGUUUUUAAAUUGAAAAUCAUUUGGAGAUGGAGUAUUUUAAAUAAACACUAAACAUGUAACAAA